AACACUGUCCUUAUAACGUUGGUUACAUACAUCCUUUGUUUUCAGCCCAGUCUUGUCAUGGAAUAAGGUUUCUCUCUCUUGCACAAGUUGGUUAUUUUCUUUCAAGUAGGCAUCGACUGCUUGAACCGAAUCUAUGGCGUGCACGUCGAUGGCUAUUCCUACCUCUCAGGUUGCCUCAAAGGGGAAAGAUGGAAGCAAAGAAGAGAUCAAUGGGCUUCGGAGAUCACAUUCCGGCAUAAAGCUUAAUAAGAGAGCUGGCAUGCGGAGAUCUUGUUCUGAUAAUCACCUUUGCUACUCUAUCAAUCGGAUACGUGCUGCAUCGACGAAACCGACCCUGAAGAACAGCCGUUCUGUUGGGAUUCUCCAGUCGCUCCCAUUUCAGAUUUCGAGUUCGAUAAUUCCGAAAUCUGUUAAAUCAUUUUUGUUUGACCCGGAGACAAGUAAGAGCUCGGGCAUAGUGGAAAAGGAUGGGAAAAUUGACAAUGAAUCCUUGGAAAAUGACGAUGAAGAAACGGAAAUAAAGAGAGCCAAUUGGGUGAAUAGGUUGAUGGAGAUUCAUAGUCGCUGGAAAAAUAGACAAGUAGAAGAUGAUUUCGACAGAGCCAGAAUAUUUGAUGAGAACGGAAAUGGUGGUGAUGGUGACGGUGAUAAUGAAGAAGAUGAUGGUGGUUGCGAAGUGAACUAUGACUCUAAUGAAGAGGAAGAUGAAGUGAAAUACAACAGUGAAUCAUUCUCGAAGUUAUUGGUGAAAGUGCCGUUGUCCGAUACCAAGCUGUUCUCUCGCCUGGCCUUCUUGUGCAACAUAGCUUAUGGGAUACCAGAGAUUAAGGGACAUGAGUUAAGACGAUAUUAUGGUCUAAAGUUGGUAACAUCGUCCCUAGAAAAGAAAGAGGAAGCCUCUAAGAUCAAAGCCAAGAUAGAUCAGGACUCUACUCGUGUACCUACUUCUGACCCAGAAACUACUGAAUGGAAGUCGGAGAAAGUUGAGGGUACCAAGCUGAAACGCCGGAUCAGCUUAUCUGUUGUUUACGAGAUUGCUGCUUUGGCUGCAUCUUAUGUCCAGUCAAGGGCAAAGGGUCUUUUGUCCCCUGGCUUUAAGUCACAGGUGAAGGAUGACGGGAAUUUGUGUGGAUCAGGGGAUCAGCCAGAAAUGGAAGGGGAGGAUUCUCCUCAAGCGUAUAACUCGGAGGUGGCUGCAUAUAUGGCAACAUCGGCGAUGACCGCUGUGGUUAGAGCCGGGGAGAAGGAAAAACAAGAGACGGCAAAGGACCUUCAGUCACUACAGUCAUCGCCUUGUGAAUGGUUUGUUUGCGACGACUUGAGCACAUAUACCCGCUGUUUUGUUGUACAGGGGUCGGACUCUCUAGCAUCGUGGCAGGCAAAUCUUUUGUUCGAGCCUAUGACAUUUGAGGACACUGGUGUGCUUGUUCAUAGAGGAAUCUACGAAGCAGCAAAGGGCAUAUACGAACAAUUCUUGCCGGAUAUUAUGGACCAUCUGAAAAGGCACGGGGAUCGUGCAAAGUUUCAAUUCACCGGUCAUUCCCUUGGUGGCAGUCUUUCUCUUUUAGUUAGCUUGAUGCUGUUGACUAAGAAGGUUGUAAAGCCUUCCGCUCUUAGACCUGUCGUCACUUUCGGGGCACCAUUUGUGUUCUGUGGAGGCCAAAAGAUACUCGACGAAUUGGGGCUCGAUGACAACCACGUGCAUUGCGUGAUGAUGCACCGAGACAUUGUCCCUAGAUCCUUCUCCUGCAAAUAUCCGAACCACGUAGCUGGCGUCCUCAAGCGUUUGCCCGGUUCCCUCCGGACUCAUCCUUGUUUGCUUAGAAAUAAACUUUUGUACACUCCGCUCGGGAAGUUAUUCAUUCUACAACCUAACGAGAAGUCGUCUCCGCCGCAUCCUUUAAUCCCUCCCGGAAAUUCUCUUUACGCAUUGGACAAGGCGCAUAGCGAAUACUCCGUGAAGGCGCUCAUGGCGUUCCUUAACUGUCCCCAUCCAUUGGAUACCCUCAGCGAUCUUACCGCCUAUGGCUCCGAUGGUACUAUUUUAAGAGAUCAUGACUCCAGCAACUACUUGAAAGCGAUUAACGGUGUCCUAAGGAAACACAAAAAGACCGUUCUGAGCCAUACGAGGAUAUCGGAGGGAAGCACAGUAUGGCCGCUGCUCGCUUCGCCAUCUCCUCACUCGUGGAGCCAUGAUAGAAAGUUAGAAAGCAACUUGUUGUCGAAUAAGGAGAUAAUGACCGGUGUGUGAACAAUGAAGCCUUUCUCCAUUGAUACGAAG